GGUUAAAACAUUUGUAUUCUAAAAUGAAAUUAUUAUCUAAAAAUUAAUGGUAAAUAUCAACUUAUUCUAAUUAAUACUAUGAAUUAAACCAAUUUUGAGCGUUAAAAAAUCAAUUUAUAAUUAUACAUUGGUAAUUGCACUAAAUUUGAAAAAGUACCGAUAUUUGACUUGUACCGGUACGUAUCAUAUCUGUAAGAAAAUCGAUACUCUUGCUUGUACGGUACGCAGAACUUUGGGCGGUAGUGGAGAACCUUUUGCUUCUCCACAUCGAUGCUCCUUCAGUGCGUUGGUUACUUUACUCUUUAGAGAGAGAAGCCCGGUAGAAAACCCGAAAAGGAGGGAGAGAGAGAGGGGAGGGAGAGGGAGAGGGAGGGAGAGAGAGAGAGAUAUGGGAAUACGGGAUUUCAUCAGCUCAACCACCGACAAACUGAGCUCGCCGGUGACGGCCGCUUGCCGGAGCUCUUACAAUAUCAGUCGGGGCGCCGUCACCACAGUUAAUAGCGUCGUUAUGGAAAACGUCGUUCCGACUGUGAAUUAUUACGUGUCCGAUGAAGAAGGCCGGGCAGUGAUCGGCCGAUUCGCUACUAGCUUCGUCAAAAACACCGCCGUCUAUGGCGCACAAGAGUGUCUCAAGUGGGCUACUGGUCCUGUUUACAAUAUUGCUUCACGAUCCCUUUGUGAUGUGAAAGCUGAGGAUUAUAAAGAACUGAAGAUGAAAACUGACCAUUAUAAAGAUGAAGUGCAGAAAUUGCAAGAUCUGGUCAAUAGACUAGAGAGAAAAUUGAGUGGUGGUGAGAAUGUCCAAGACGAUGUUAAAUUCAAGAGAGAAUCCAGUGUUGGUAAGAAUUACCAUGCCGAUCUCAAAUUCGAAUCUCGAGUUGUGCCGUGCUUGAAUUCAAAUGCACACCUGGAACCAGAAGAUGUGAUCAGAAUCUUUACGAUGAAGGAAUUUAUUAGCGGUAGAUUUAUGUUUGAUAAUCUGGUGGUCCCUGGGGUGAAGAAAUCAAGUAAAGACCCAUAAAUAUUUGAAAGUGGUACGGAAGUAUCAGGUGUGAGCAACUGAUAAAGUUGUAUGAUGAUGAUUGAUGGAAGUAUUGUUUGGUUGUUGUUUGUGGUAUGUGCGAGAUUAAUUGUGUUUCGGUCCGAUUAAUCUUGUAGGACAUCGUGUAUUUUGUUGUCAUUCAACUACGGUUCCAUCUUAUCAAUUGGGAAUGCAGUGCUAUAGUUCCUGUUCUCAGAAA